UCGCAAGAUCAUCCGAAUCACGUCAUCGAUUUUUCAUGGCCCGAUGAAGUGAGAAAAUCUGAACAGACGAUAACAAUUUAGAAGGGCCCGGAUUGCUUGCCUUCCUAAUUUUCCGAUCGGUAAUAUUGACUUUUUUAAACGCCGAACGCCAGUGAGUACUCUUCUGCAAGAAUGGCUUCCUGGGAGAUUCACGACGAUAUGAACCUCUACAUCACGGCCGAUAAGUUCUACAUCGAACCAAACGGUAAAGGUGAAGUGCUAAUAAUUGAUCGGAUCAGCCGGGAAACCUCUCUGCAAGUCAAAACCAGCCAGCUUCCACAUGGGAUUCAGGUUCGGAAAAUAUGCGGCAUCCUGGGCGUGAUUAAACUGAUAAGCGGCUUCCACUUGGUCGUGAUGACCCAUCGAAUAUUUGUCGGUAUCGUUAAUGCACAGGUAAUCUGGCGUUUGGCCGGAUUCGACAUCAUUCCAUUCGUGCCGUCGUUGACGCAUUUGAGCGAUACUCAGAAAGUACAGAACAGCGUCUAUGUGGCAAUGGUGCGGCAGGUGCUGGACACUCCGUACUACUACUUUUCGUACACGUACGACAUCACGCACACCCUGCAGCGUCUGCACUCGAUGCCGCCGGAUUUCCUGCAUACCGGACUGUACGAACGAGCGGAUCUGCGUUUCGUUUGGAACGGAUAUCUGCUGAAGCAUUUCCACCGGCCGGAGCUGCGACAGUACUGUUUGCCCAUUAUUCUGGGCUUCGUUUCUAUCAACGACGUUAUGGUGAAUGGGCAUGCCUUCCAGUGGAUUUUGAUGUCACGCCGUUCGGUGCACCGUGCCGGAACACGUCUGUUUUGUCGGGGCAUCGACCAGACGGGAAACGUGGCGAAUUAUGUCGAAACCGAGCAGAUCAUCGACGUACGAGGGGAUAAAGUUUCGUUCGUACAGACGCGUGGCAGCAUUCCGCUCUACUGGCGACAGACGCCGAAUUUGAAGUACAAACCCCCGCCGGAGUUGGUGGCUGGCCGGGAUCAUCUGAUUGCCUGCUCGAAGCAUCUGGAUAUGCAGCUGAUUCACUACGGUCGGCAGGUGCUGGUCAACCUAAUCGAUCAUCGCGGCGCCGAGGAUGUGCUGGAGAAGGCUUUUGCGACAACGAUUUCGACCUUGGGGAACCAGAAUGUCCGCUACGAAUCGUACGACUUCCAUGCGGAGUGUCGCAAAAUGCGCUACGAUCGGUUGAACAUUCUAAUCGCCCGGUUGGCCCACGAGCAGGACGAGUUCAGCGUGUUUCAUCUGAGAAGGGAUGGAACGUUGCUCUCGUCGCAGGAUGGCGUUUUCCGUACGAACUGCAUCGACUGUCUGGACCGGACGAACGUCGUCCAGAGCAUGCUGGCCAAGCGCAGCUUGGAGCAGAGUCUGAUGAGGCUAGGUGUGUUGACCAGCGGUCAACGGAUCGAUCCCAGUUCGACCUUUGAGUGGCUUUUCAAGGGGGUCUGGGCAGAUAAUGCCGAUUUGGUGUCGGUCCAGUACAGUGGAACCGGCGCACUAAAGACGGACUUUACCCGCACCGGCAAGCGCACCAAGAUGGGCUUGCUGCGCGACGGUGUAAACUCGAUGACACGUUAUUAUAAGAACAAUUUCAACGACGGCGUCCGGCAGGAUGCCAUUGAUCUGUUUCUCGGAAACUAUGCCGUACAGGAUGGCGAAGGACUAACCGUUCAGUGCCCGUUGGUGAUUCAGAAGGGCUGGAAGUAUGGAACAUUCCCGGUGGUACUGCUAUUUGCGUUCGCCAUGUUCUUCGCAUCGGCCGUCUAUCCUCAGGAGUACAACACGGAAAACCUGCUGUUUAUUCUAUUCUGGGGCUCAAUGGUCGGUGUCACCGGAGCUGGCAUACUAAAGUACGGUGUUGAGUUCGUGGAUUGGCCCAAACUGCUACCGGCAACGCGGUCCAAGAUGGAUGCCUGACGGCACUAGUUAAGAGCGCACGAAACUUGGGAGGGUGCUUUUUAGUGUCGAUUUGUAAAUAGAUAGUUUCAUGGUUUAUGUAUGGUUCAGGGGGUGAUAGCACCGCUUGGAAUUUGUCCCAUUCCCUACCCUAUAGAAGAAAAAAAUCCACCAAUACAAUCCUUGCACCUGCGUGAUUCCGCCCUGGUAAAGCCUGUGCUAUUGAAAUAUAAAGUUACGGUAGAUCGAGGUUUUUGGUAGACAACUAUUUCAAUUUCUGCUAAAUCGAAUAAAUAAAGAACGACUGGUUGACGUUUUAAUGU